CCAUACACUAAUCCUAAAACAGUAGUUGUAGUUUUAAGCCAAAUUAACUUCAAAAAAUGACUGCAUGGAAAUGGAGUGUGUUGUUAGUAGUGAAAGAGAAUUCUGUUUUUUAAGGACAAGCAACAAAAAGACAAAUCAAUGAUUACUGACUGACCUAGAUGAAGAAACUAUUAAAAUCAGGUGGGAUGGUAGAUCUUCAUACAUUGGUGGUAUUGCUUGUGGAAUAUAUGUAUCAGUAAUAUGGAUAAAAUUAUGGCCACUUAAAUCAAAAUUAAUGUAGAUAAAAGUUUUUUUGAGGAUUAGAUUAUCAACAAACUAAGCAGAGAUUAUAUAAGUCUACAAGCAGGGACUAUAUUUCUCAGGCGCCAGAGGAAUAGAAUUUUUGUGAGCAAAUGUCUGUCCAUUUCAUUUGAACACUUGUCCCCAAAUUCUCUGCUAAAAUCUUUGGCAGAAAAUUAGCAAUGUGGGCACAUAUUAAUUUAGGAUAAAUUUUUCUUAGUUUAUUGUAAAAUGCUUUAUUAUUUUAUCUUUGUUUCCCCUUUUUCUCUCCCAUUCCUGUUGUUUCUCUUUCAUACCAGACUGGUGCCUUUAUGAAGGUUAAAUCUCCCUGAUUUCUUAGUUUCAAAGAACUGUGGACUUGAUCAUAUUGACUUUACUCCAUGGGAUCACCUCUCAUGGCCAAUUCCUCCUGUGUUACUGAAUUCUUCCUGCUGGGUUUCUCCAGUCUUGGGGAAUUGCAACUUAUCCUCUUUGUGGUCUUUCUCUGCCUUUAUUUGAUCAUCUUGAGUGGAAACAUCACCAUCAUCUCAGUCAUCUGCUUGGAUCACAGCCUCCACACACCCAUGUACUUCUUUCUAUGUGUCCUUUCUACAUCUGAAACUUUCUACACAAUUGUCAUUCUGCCCAAGAUGCUUAUCAAUCUGCUCUCGGUGCUCAGGACACUGUCCUUUGUGAGUUGUGCUUCACAGAUGUACUUCUUUCUUGGUUUUGCUGUCACCAAUUGCCUGCUUCUGGGAGUGAUGGGCUAUGAUCGCUAUGCUGCCAUCUGUCAGCCUUUGCACUACCCCAUUCUCAUGAGCUGGAGAGUUUGUGGGCAACUGGCAGUGACUUGUAUUAUCAGUGGUUUCCUAAUAUCUCUACUGGGAACAACUUUGGUCUUUAGCCUCACUUUCUGUGGCUCCAACAAGGUCAACCAUUAUUUUUGUGACAUUUCACCAGUCAUCCGCCUCGCUUAUGCUGAAACCUACAUUAAUGAACUGGUCAUCUUCAUUGGUGGGGUCUUGGUCCUUGUUGUGCCCUUGAUCUUCAUCUGCAUCUCUUAUGGAUUUAUCACCUCUGCUAUCCUGAAGAUCUCAUCAGCUGAAGGCAAGGGAAAAGCAUUCUCCACCUGUGCCUCCCAUCUCAUUGUGGUCAUUGUCCACUACGGCUGUGCUUCUUUUGUCUACCUGCGACCCUCAGCCAAAUAUACAUCAGGAAAAGACAGGCUGGUGACGGUAACCUAUACAGUCAUCACCCCACUGUUGAACCCUAUGGUAUAUAGCCUCAGGAACAAAGAUGUACAGCUGGCUAUUAGGAAAAUGAUUGAGAAGGCUAGGUUAAGAUUUUAUAAUUCUGUUAAGACUUUAUAAUUAAUUUCUUUUUCAAUAGUACACACACAUUUGGAUCAAACAUAUCACUAAUGUUUAAGUCAUGAAAGUUUCUAGUCUAUUCAUCUGUAUAACUCUGUGGCCUUGGAUGAGUUUUUUUGACAUUGUGAGGCUGUAGUGUUCCUAUGUAAAACAGACAGUAGUAUGUUCAUCUCAAGGCUUUUGCCAAAUUAAGGGCAAAGUUUCCUUGUCAAGGCAACUAUCACUAAAAGACAACUCCGCUGCUCCUACUCUUCCUCCUGAGACAGUUCUCAAAAGGAUCUUAACAGCCAUUAUCUCUUACCCUAUGUUUGGCUUGCGAGCCACAAAUCUCUGAUUGUCUCCUUUGUUUAAGAUUAUGCCCAGCUGAAAAUGAGUUUCUGAGGCCUGAAUAUAGUGUGGAUAUAGGAGGAACACAUGAUGGGGGGAAAAGCUACUGUACUAGUAAUUAGAAAAUUAUUUAGGUCAUGACUUUAAGAAAACUACGGUUGUUCCCCAAAUCUAAACUUAAUAUAUAGAAUAUAGAGAUAAUAUAAUUUUCCUUUUAUACUUUGCAAGGUUUUUGUUUGUAUCUAAUGGAUAAGAUGAAAGUAAGCAUAAGUAAAAUGCAAAGCUGGAUAGAACUUAAGACUCUUAGGACUUAAGAGUCAGUCUAAGACUUUAAGUCUUAAGACUCUUAAGACUUAAAAUCAAUUUAAGACUUUACACAUCUCUGCAUGACCUUCUAUUUCUUUCAGAUUCUCCAAAAAUUAUAUUUCCAAGUGUCAUUUCUGACCAGUCAUUUGAACUACUCCUUAUAUAACAGGGAAUGUGCUACAUCAAAAACACAUCUACAUGUGAAACAACUCCUUCAGAACACCUUAUGAAAGUUGGCAGAAGACCCCAGACUUCCAAAAAGACAAACUAAUCUCCACAGAAUGAAAUAGGGCAAAAUAUAUAAGAAAAUAAAGAGACAAAGGAUUUGGAACAAGCACCUGUGCCUCGGAGAGGGCUCCACGAAGGAGGAAAGUUUCCUCACACUUGGAAACCCUCUCAUGGGUGGGGAAAG